AAACCGCGCGGUGCGCUCUGAGCGGGGCGCGCGCGCACGUUCGAGCGGAAUCACGAGCGUAUAAAUAGCGGCGCGGGACACGCUGGAGCUAUCAACGCCGGGAUAGAGGCAGGGGAGCUGCAGCUUUGCGGGUCUUUACUGCUGAUGGACACAACGGUAGAAGUGUAGAACUGUGUCCUUUGGGUUACUGAAGGCAAAUAAACUGAGAUUAAAAAAAGAAAAAAAUCACUGAAAACUAUUAUUUGUCAGAAAAAGUUUUGUACGUUUUUUUAUCAAUCUUUCUACCAUGGCUCCUCAAGUUCAUUCAGUCCUGGCCGUCCUCCUGGUGGUCCUGCUGGUAAAAUCUGUGAGGUGUGAUCUGGAAGAGUCAGAGGAGACGGUACCGGUUCGGUUGAGCCCCGGUAGACUCGGCGGUGUUGGUGGUAGGCAGGUGUUCAGACUCUCCGCGUACGGCCAGGUAUUCACGCUCGACCUGAAGCCGGACAGCAGCUUCGUAUCCCCGGCUUUACGCAUCCAGCGCAUCAGCGCUAAGCAACUCUCCGAGCCCCAAGCGCGCGCAGGAGAGGAGCUGAAGCGUUGCUUCUACUCGGGCACGGUGAACCGAGACCCGGACUCCGUGGUCUCCCUCAGCCUGUGCAGCGGCAUCCGAGGAACCUUCAUCUCCAGAGGGGACGAGUACUUCAUCCAGCCCGCCGAGACCGGGAACAGAGGGUCCUCCUCUCAGCCUCACCUGCUCAGAAGAAGAGUGCUCCCCUCCACCAGCAAGAGCGAACUUCACCAGCGGCCAGGUGAUGAGCAGCAGGCGAGGGAUGACCGGAAACAGCGGGACAAACGAUUCGUCUCAUCCCCGAGAUACAUCGAGACGCUGGUGGUGGCGGACUACUCCAUGACUCAAUUCUAUGGAGAGGAGAUUAAGCACUACCUCCUGACCCUGAUGGGAAUGGCAGCUCAACUGUAUGCCCAUCCCAGCCUGAAGAAUGCAGUCAGCGUUGUGGUGGUGAAGAUGUUGGUAGUUGAGGACGAGGACUUGGGCCCCGAGUUGUCCAGCAAUGGAGGCGUGGCCCUACGCAACUUCUGCGCCUGGCAGCAACUCUUCAACCCCUCAAGCCAGCGCCAUCCUGAGCAUUAUGAUACUGCCAUCUUGUUUACCAGAGAGGAUAUUUGUGGUCACCAGCAUUGUGAUACCCUUGGCGUAGCGGACGUAGGCACAAUGUGUGACCCCAAAAGAAGCUGUUCAGUCAUUGAGGACAACGGCCUCCAAGCAGCCUUCACCGUGUCACAUGAGCUUGGCCACGUUCUCAGCAUGCCGCACGAUGAUUCCAGGAACUGUGAGAAAUUCUUUGGGCAUAUCGAUGGACACCACAUGAUGGCUCCCUUCUUUGUCCAUCUCAACAAGACUCUUCCCUGGUCGCCGUGCAGCGCCCUUUACGUCACGGAAUUCUUCGACAAUGGGCAUGGUGACUGUUUGCUGGAUGCUCCUGACCAGGCCAUCCCCUUACAGGCCGAGCCCCCGGGUCACAAGUACAGCCUGGACCGGCAGUGCCAGCAGGCAUUCGGCGAAGAGUACGCUCGCUGCCCCAACGCCCCAGACGACCAGGCCUGCGUCCAGCUGUGGUGCCGCGAGGGAGGCAAGCUGCAGUGCACCACCCGAAAUGGAAGCCUUCCCUGGGCUGACGGCACACCCUGUGGGGAAGACAAGACUUGCAAUGGAGGCACGUGUAUGUUCACUGCGCUGGAUGAGGCAGGGCAGGACGAGGUUCCUGUCGAUGGUGGAUGGGGCUCCUGGGGCCCCUGGGGCCCAUGCUCUCGGAGCUGCGGCGGUGGGGUUGAGUUCUCCCGCCGUGAGUGCACAGACCCAGUGCCACAGAACGGAGGAUCCUACUGCGUCGGCCAGAGGGUCAAAUACCAGUCCUGCAACAUCCAGACCUGCCCAGGAGACCAUGGUAAGAGCUUCAGAGAGGAGCAAUGUGAGAAAUAUAACAGUGACCGUUAUUUGGAUAUGAACGGGAACAUAAAACAGUGGAUCCCGAAGUAUGCUGGAGUUUCGCCCAGAGACCGGUGCAAACUCUUCUGCAGAGCCAAGCACAGCAACGAAUUCAAAGUGUUCGAAGCCAAGGUGGUGGAUGGUACAACCUGUGGUCCAGAUACCACAUCUAUCUGCGUUCAGGGUCAGUGCAUUAAGGCUGGCUGCGACCAGGUUAUAGGGUCAAACAUGAGGCUGGAUAAGUGUGGUGUCUGUGGAGGAGACGGGACAAGUUGCAGAAAAAUCAGUGGCUCUCUCAACAAAGCUACCUUUGGCUACAAUGAUGUUGUUACUAUCCCUGCUGGUGCCACCAACAUUGACAUCAAGCAGCGCAGCCACCGUGGAAUCAAACACGAUGGCAAUUACCUAGCGGUGAAGGCCGAAGAUGGAAAUUAUAUCCUGAAUGGGAACUUCUCAGUGUCUACAGCUGAGCAGGACAUUCCAGUGCGCGGCGCUGUCCUCCGCUACAGUGGCUCGUCCACCACAAUGGAACGGCUCCUCAGCUUCCAGGAGCUCAAGCAGACCAUUACCAUCCAGGUACUUUCCACAGCUGGAGAUGCCGCCCCACCCAGGAUCAAAUACACCUUCUUCCUGUCCAGGGAGGUGCCCUUCAGCAAACCUGGUGCAGACGGUAACACCUCCCCGCAAGUCAUUACACCGUUUGGGGGAGCCGACUGGGUCCUGGGCGAGUGGUCUGAGUGUUCCAAGAGCUGUGGUGCUGGCUGGUCCAGGAGAAGCGUUGAGUGUCAGGACAGGGCUGGAUCCCCAUCCUACUUUUGCGACGCAGACUUGCGGCCAGCCGACAUCCGGCCAUGCGGGGACCUGCCCUGCCCCGUCUGGCAGAUGGGGCCGUGGUCGGCUUGCUCGCGGACUUGUGGUCAAGGAGAACGCAGACGGAGUGUGCUCUGCAUGGACUACACUGGCAAAGCUGUGGAACCAGAAAAGUGCAACCCUGAAAAGAGGCCAGAGGCUGUUUCAGGGGAGUGUUUUUACCAGGACUGCUAGAACUAAGUGCCUGCAAGAGUGUGCCUUGUGCUAGAGAGAGCAGGGGGAGGUGGUAGAAGAGUGUGAUAAUCCAUAAUAUAGGCUAGGUAGAGGAUGAGAGAGCUGUUAGGACCCAACAGCAUCCUUCCUUUUUUUGAAAAGUAAAAGGCUGCAUUCACACAGCAGAUAGAUAAAAGUGUUCCAAAUACCAACUUUUUAGUCAUGUUCAGACUUGUACCACUUUAAUAUGUGGUUUGUGCAAAUGCAACUUAGUCCAAACAGCCAAAUCAGAAUCCAUGUGAUUUUACAUCAACGACCAUGAGAAAAAGGAAAAAAGGAUGAGGGAGGGUUUCAAUAGUGGAAUAGCAUGGUUCAUAAAUACAGUAUUUGGCCUAGUUUCUUUGUCUAUUAAUAUUAGAAGGUUUGUGAGAUAAUAGGUUAAACUGGAACAAAUUCUUGCUCAUAAGCCCAUCUGUGAGGCACUUAAACGUCGGGCAAAAAUGGCGGGAAAUGAAGACUCUGGAAUAGAGUUUUUUUGUUUUAAAAUUAUUUAGAAACUAUUUCCGUGAAAAAAAUGAAGAAAAAAACAAACUUGCUGUUGCAGUUUUUUCACAUCUAUGUCAGUUAAACAGCAUGAAUUGUUUAGACAAGUGUCAGAAGAUACAAGUCACAGUUUAAUAUUGGAUUUGGGACACUUUUAACUGCUGUGUGAUCAUAGCCAAAAGCUAAGCAAGAAAACGUUUUUUUAACAUACAGCGUGGGUGCAGAAAUCACUUGUAAAGCAUAACCAGGGCAUUUAGUAUGAGGUUUUACUUUUGUAUGAGAUUUUACAAUAUCUGAUAGAUUGACUCUCAUUGUUCAUAAUCUCAAAUUUAGCUUUUACAUCAUCAUCAUCUAACCACUAUUGAAGUUGAUUUUUUUGUUUUCUCUUGCCCCAUUGAGAUCUACCUCAAACUAUAACAAUAUUGUCAUGCUUUUUAACCUUUUUAAACUUUAUAGGAGAGGAGUCUUUACCACAAAGGAAUAUGACCUUUGCACAAACCUGCUGAAGCUCUGUUCAGAUACAAAUGGUGAAAUACCUCCAUAUUGCAGUGCAUCUUAACACCACAUCACCACAUCAGACAGAUCAAAAGUUUAUGAGCUACCUGAGACACUGACACAACUUCAUAAGUUGGUCUGUCUCUUUAUAAAUAUCUGCUUCCAAAAGCUUUUUCAGCACAUAAUCCUCAUGCGUACUCUUAUAGCCUGAUUUAUUUCACGCAUUUAAUUUAUUUGCCUGUUUUUAUAUUAUAGCAGUAAGUUAACUGUUUACUGUUAGCAGUUGUUAUAAUUUAAUGCUGGUCAAUAUUACACUUGGAAAGCUUUCAGAUUUCGCAUAUUUUAACACUGGAACAUUUUUGAAGUGCAGCCACACAGAUGUUUGUGUGUGUGUGUGUGUGUGUGUGUGUGUGUGUCUAUGAUAUUACACACAGACCUCACAUAGGCCAAUGUGAGUUAUUUGAUAGGAUACAGUGAGGGCAUUUAACUUUUUUAGUAUCAGCUUUAAUCAGAAAUGUGUCUGUUAUAGUUAUUAUGACACAUUUUAAUUUAUUAUGAAGAAAGGCAGUGAAUUUGCUCUAUUUGGGACAAUAAACGCUGCUUUUCACUACAGGCAAGCUAGCACAGUGCUUAUGAAAACCAGUUAUUAGGAUGUGAUCAUGAUCUAAAACAGGGCUUAACUAGGCCUUAACUACAGGCCUUAGCUAGGCCUUUUCCAUCAACAUCCACUGGUAGACGUUGCGUAAAAGGGAUCACAUAAACAAACAAUACCAGGGAUUGAAGGAAUGAAUUAUCUAUUGCUAAUUAUAAGCCUAGUAGUGCCUAUUUAACUGCUUACUGGAUAUAACUACGUAUCCAAUGGAUUGUUGCAUUUUUACCCAAAAAAAGCUUUUUCUAUGAAUAACACAGAGAUCCAUGAUUCUAGUUUCAUUUAAGCUUUAGUGUUCAAACCUCUUUAUAUUGGAAUGCCCUGGAAUUAGGUUAAAAAGAAACUCUAUAAUACCUGAGAUUUUGUUUUACACUACAAUUCCAUUUAGACUCUCUCCUAACUCUAGUUUAACUCAAAAGAGUAGAGCAGACAGGAUCACAUCCUUGUCCAGCAGAGGAGCACUGAAACAUCUUUCAGUAUCUGUUAAUAAGAGUCAUUUCCACUUUGUGAAAUGAAGAUAGAGUAAAUUAGAUGUACAGCAAAGCCAACAAGAGACAAGAAAUUAAAAUAUGUUGUUGUUUGAAAGAUUUGACCUAUGCCCCUGAGCUCAAACUGAAAUGUGUAAACAGCUGAAGACCCCAACGUAAAGAUUUGCAUUCCUUUUGAAUGAAAACAGAAACGUUCUGAAAUAAUGGAGAUCUGAAACUAAAGCAUUCUAUCCCUUCAGUGAAGGUCUGUACAAUGCUAUUGUUAUAGCUUCCUUUUUAAGCUAUUUAUUUUUUUUCUACUUUGACACCUAAUUGUGUUUUAUUCCUUGUUGCUGCUGUCUGUCCUCCAUAACUGUUAUGAAUUUAAAUAGUUCAUUAAAACUGUGUCUCGAAUGAA